UGUUGAUGCUUUAGUUAAUGUCCAUUCCAUUUAGCUAUAGGGCUUCUUUGUUAUAUAGUAACGUGCACCGAUUUAUGGUUUUAUGAUCAUACGCUGAUGGUCUCAUACCACACUGAUUAUGAAACAAACAUCAUAUUUUCUCUCCUGUAUAAUACUGCAUUCGUUUCGGGAUCCUCACUCCAAAGUCAGACUCCAUUGUACGAUGCAUAGAUAAAAGAAAGGGAGCGAUUCUUAUCUCCUCAGUUUUUGAUUUGCAUAAAAUUACUCGCAUCUUAAUUCACAGUAAUAGUACAGCCAAAUGAGGAAUACGCCGGCUAAAGAGUAUAGUUGCAGGUUAGGAGUGAGUGCGGGUGUCGCGAUCUGCUAGAGAUAGGUGUCGAGAUCCUCACUCCAAAGUCUGACUCCGCUGUAUUAUGCAUAUAUAAAAAGGGACCUAUUCUUUUCUCUUCAGUUUUUAAUUUGCAUUUAAUUACUCGCAUCUUAAUUCGAUAUCAGAGUCAAGUGAGGAAUGCCAUCAUACGCGGGCUCAAGAGAAGUAGCUGCCGGGUGAGUGCGGGUAGAUCACGAUCUACUGGAGAUAUAGAUGACUUGUUGGUGGAAAAGUGAGCAUUAAAGGGAAAGGCGCCGGGAGAAGAUGGAUGUGAAUGCCAAAUGGUGGACGAACGAGACCCUGAGGACCCGUGACCAAUUUUCAGAUGAUCACUACACAUCCGUACUCUCUUACGAAGGAGACAUUUGGGCAGGGGUUUAUUUGAUGUUUAUAUCUCUGAUAGCGUUUAUCGGAAAUAUAUCAGUCAUCGUCAUCUCUCUACGGAAACGUGAGAAAUUAAAGCCAAUUGACCUGUUGACAAUCAACCUAGCAAUAGCAGACUUUCUCAUCUGUGUCGUCUCGUAUCCACUACCAAUGAUUUCAGCUUUUAGACAUAGGUGGUCCUUUGGGAAGUUUGGCUGUGUCUGGUAUGGUUUCACAUCAUUCCUAUUUGCGGUUGGUAGUAUGGCAACGUUGAUGGUUAUUGCUCUCCUCAGAUACGCCAAGCUAUGCAGAGAGAAUGUGGAUCAGUACCAGUCUCGACCAUUCGUUAUCAAGGUUAUUGUCGCCAUUUGGGGUUUCGCCUUCUUCACCACGGCACCACCACUCUUCGGCUGGAGCAGUUACGUGCCUGAGCCCUACCAUCUAUCCUGCACGAUAGACUUUGCGGAUACAAGUCCUUCCGGUCUGUCUUAUACCUAUUUCACCACCAUUGUCGUCUUCUUCAUGCCCCUGAUGAUCAUUGUCUUGUGUUACGUGGCCAUAGCAAGGAAAAUGAUCCACCACAACAGAAGGAUCAAUGUGGGCCACAACGCGGGCAGGAUGCUUCUAGAAAUCCGCCUGUUGAAGACCGCCUGUAUGAUCACCAUGGCCUAUACUAUAUCAUGGACCCCUUACGCCGUCAUUGCAAUGUGGGUCACUUACAUACCAGUAAAUCAGAUUCCAGACGCAUUUCGUAUCCUACCGGCCUUCUGCGCCAAAACCUCGUCCGUUUAUAAUCCCAUCAUCUACUGCAUCUUCAACAAGUCUUUCCGCCAGGACUUGAGUUCCUUGAUUUGCUGUUGUGCCUGCCAAUGCUAUACCAUCACCAUAAACCUUGAUAUCAACAGCCAUGCGCAACAGCAGUUCCGACGAAUAGAGGAGAGAAGAGACGAGGUUGGGACCUAUAAACGGCGUCCCUUAAUGAUCUGUUCUAAUCCGUUCGCUUGGUCUCGGGACUUUCAUGAAACAUGGCGCCAGAGACGCAUACGAGGAAUUCAUCGUAACUGCAGAAACAACGUUCGAGUAGAGAAUAUCAACGUCAACUUCAGAAGGGACACGGACAUGGUGGAACUGAACGCCCCGACGCCAGCAGAAAUCCACCGUCCAGAAUUAAACACAGCUUCGACGAGAAGUGGUGCACGCACAAAGUCUAUGGCGACACAUCUGCCUGCCUUGGAGGAGGUCCCGUCGGGAGCACCACAGUGUUCAGCCCUGCUGCAUAAUACUCCCAUUCCAAGGUCACUACAGGGUACUCCGUUACCAUACCAGCCUCAACCGAGCACAUCGGACCUUCAUGAUGAGUUCCUAAAUCCCAGUGUAGUGUCUCGGAAUAUGUGUGUUAUCGUGGUUAAACCAAACAUUGAAGAGGAAUUAUCAACAGAUUGAUGACGGUCGAAAGGAACUAUAGUGACUAUGCCAUUUCUUUUAAUGUUAUGCUUGUCAUCAGUUUAGUGCACUCUUGAACAGAUACGUGUUUUAAUUCGUUAAUACCCAUAUACUUUUCAACUGUUACAGUAUUUGUGUAAUAUAAUGUUAAAGUGAAGAAAAUAUGAUGACCUCUAUGACCUCUCUCUGGAGUAAACUGAUUUCAA